AUGUCAGACCCGUUGUCCGUCGCGGGCACUGCCGUGGGAAUCACAUCUCUGGGGAUCCAAGUGUGCCAAGGGCUUUUUUGGUACCUUCGUUCUGUCCAUGGAAAAAGAGGGGAAAUCGCCCGGGAUCUGGGCGAGAUCCAGACCUUGAUAUCCAUUUUUUACUCGCUCAACGACAUCCUCCCCAAGAUUAAUCAAACCCGAUGCACAGAAGCGACGACGAUUAGACGAUGCCUCGAGGAUAGUGAAGGAAAGCUGCUGGAGCUGCAGCAAUUAUUAGUCAAGCUAAGGGGGCCCCAAGAGUCCACCGCCAACCGCGACAAGAUGAGAGAGGCGGGUCGAAAGCUUGUCUACCCAUUCCGAGCCGAUACGUUGAAAUCGCUUCGCCAGUCGUUGCGGGAGCUCCUGAACAACUUGAACUUGGCUAUCGACAUCACGUCACUGGCGUCCCAAGUCACCAAUCGUGACAAAAUCGAUAGCAUCAGCCUCUCGAUACAGAACUUGGACGUUCAGUCGAAAGACUCAAAUGCCGGCAUCCAAGAUCUAAAUACCAAGAUGCAACAAAACCUGAGCCAGUUCCGAUCACUAGAAUCCACCAUCGCCGACUCCCUCACUGAGUUCAACCAACGGAUCUCACAGGUAGAGUGGGCUAUCCAGGAUCUCAGUAAUGACAUCUCUGGAAAGCUCACCAUCACGGAAACCGAAGUAGUUUCGACUCGCCGUGCCAUGUCGGAAAUGUUGACAGACAUGGCCGGGAAGCUGGACUCACAAUCGGCAGAGAUCUCACAGCUGAUGUUUAUCGACGCAUUGGCGAGCCCUGAUGAGACGUACUACUCGAUGCAUGAGUUUGGGGUAAAUUUAGCCGACCCUUAUGAAAUAGAGCAAAUACUCUGGCGUGAUAACUCAGUUCUGGCCACGAUGCUGAGAAUCUUGCAAGUGCUACAUGAGCUUGUGCAAACAGAUGAUAUCGAGGUCGCGGCGUGGCCCGAGGGACUGGGAAUGUUACUCACGACCGAAGCUCGAAACCUUGUCCAUGAUGACACUGGAAAUCCUUUUUACUGGCCCACCGCCUUGGCACUGCGAUAUGAGUGUGAAAAGUCCUUGGACAUGCUUAUGAAGGCAGGUUUCCGGUUUCAACUUGAUCGGGGGUGGAGAAAUACGUCACCGGGAUGCGCCAUGGUUGCUGCUCGCCGGCUCUUUGAGAGAAGGGCAAAGCUGUUUGAGCUCGCACAGAAUCAACUCCAAGAUUUCGAAGGCGAGUACACUUGCAAUACUUCCGAAGAAGAAGCAGAGUGCCUUUAUUACAGACUUGUAGCUGCAGGAAUUCAGGUCGAUCCGGGUCUGGAAGUCCAACAUGGCUGCACAACAGUAUUUCAUUGUUCUAACCUGCCACUUGAUUACUUCCGAAUAUUCUUUGAAAACGGGUUUCGGAAUAACUCUGCCCAUGACGAACUUGGGUUUACCGCGGCCAUGGUCUACCGUCGCAACCUUUUCCCCGAAGACAUGCAUGGAAAAGUCAACAUUGAGAGCUGCCUGAGCACCUUGCAAUGGCUGCAAGAAAAAGCAUUUCUCGACCACUCGCCCGAGGAUCCAUGCAAUCUUGGUCUCAACACCAACUCCACUGGCUGGCACUAUCUUGCUGCACACGCUUACUUUGAGGGACGGGCUAAGAGCAUUAAGAUGCCCUUACGCGAAGUUUCUCGAUCGUCAGCUAGAGAUUCCUGCGUUUGCUGGUGUAUCCCUGAAGGAGAGGGCUGCUCCCCGCUGGGGUGUAUCCUGAAAGCCCACGCUGAUUCUUAUUGCGCUCUUGCAAGGUUUUCUUGGAAGGAGAAUCUUGCAGAACUCUUUGAAGUUUCGGGAUGUGGCGACACGACAUCAACUGUCAUGACUCAAUUUGUGCGGUUCCUUACAUUCGAAGCUCUUGAGAUGACACACACGUGUUGCCAUUUUCAGAUUUUGGACCAGGACACCUUGGAAUUCGUCACUUUCGAUGAGUGCGAUCCGAGCUUCAAGCAGCUAGUAAUUCUUGAUCAUGACGCAAAAGUGAUCCAAAAGACUAGAGCUGACAGGGUCGAACAAAAGAAUGCAGGUCUCCUGGAUUCAUUGAUGGAGGAAUUCAGUGUCCAGCUGAAUGUGGCCGAGCCAACGGUGGAAAAUUUUGUCAACUUUCUCAAAGGCGACUGGAGAUCACGGAUUGAACGAUUGUUCACUGUUAAUGAGGACAUCGUCAAUGGGAUGAGGGAGUCUCUAAGCGAUGUCAAGACGCACGUGUGGCCUGAAAGAGUCCAGUGCUUUGUUCAUUUUGGUGACUCGGAGUCAGAGGAUUCUUGCUCACGUGCCGAGUCAAUGUGCGAUACUGAAUACGAUUCGGGCGACGAAAUGCCUCAAUCAGAGCCUAGUGGAAGCGAGGAGGAAUCUGAAGAUGGUCAGGAGGAGUAA